GGUUUAAAUAUCAGAUGUCGACCAUCGGAUAUUAAAAGACAUACCCAACUAUCUAACGACGAAGGCUGGUGCAGUUUGAGAUACAAACAGAAUUACGGACGGAAAGACCUCACGUGCGUGUGCAGGUGUGAGAUGCAUGUGACGGUGCGUGAGGUCCGUAUCUCCUCGGAGUCAGAGACUUCCUACUUCCUGCGAGUGGAGUGGAGGGGGCGGGACUUAGGCUCUGGCUUCCUGUUACUGCUGACUGACGGACUGAACGCAUGGAGAGGAGAAGUAUCAGAGGAUGGAGUGAGGGAGGAGGCUGAGGAGUUGGAGAUGCAGACAGAUCGUUACAUCCAGGAUCUCCAGCAGGCCCUGACUGGGACUGAACCCUCCUCUACUGACUACAGCUUCACCUUGACCUAUAACCCCGGCCCAGUGACCAAUAUGACCCUGGCCUACGAGAAGGUGCAGAGGGACAUCUCGUUCCGCCUGGGUUCUGUGUUGCUGUGUAAGAUUCCAGAGCCAGUGGAGGAGGUCAGAGCAUUACUGACUCACGGUCUAGAACGUGGAACCGCACUGCAGAACCACAACCACUUACUAAAGGAGGAGAACCACCGACUCAAACAGGAGCUACAACACAUCAAUGCAGAGUUGCAGCGGUAUGUCAGUGGCAAGGAGACACUUGAGUCAGAGCUGUACUCUCGCUUCAUCCUGGUGCUGAAUGAGAAGAAGGCCAAGAUACGCAGUCUACAGGAGAACCUCACACACCUGCAGGAGACCAGGGAAGAGGGAGAGAGCAGCAGUCCAGGGAAGAGAACGAAAAAGACGACAGGACAGACCAGAGAGGAGGAAGAUGAAUAUGAAGCGAGCACUGAUGAAGACCAGUCCCAGCCUGCCUCUUUAGAACCCACCCAGGGGACGUCACGUAGCCGCAGCCCAUUGGACGACAGUCUGAAUGACAUCACAGAUGUGGCACCCUGCCGUAAACGCCGCUUCCGCCACCUGCAACCUCCUGACACCGUUGCUAAGAGACCGACCCUGGAGCCAGCGCAGAAACAGAGGAGGGAUCCCCUGCCAUCGUCCAGAGCAGCAGCCAAUCAGGACCAGGCUCCCCAGCUCCCUGAUGUCAGUCCUGAUGCUGAGGACCUGUUUGAGGACAUCUGAGUUCUAACCACUCACUCCUCAAUCAAAUUAUUUCUAUCCCUCACUCCUUUUAUCUCUCUCUCCUCCAUCACUUACGUCUGUCACUCUAUCAGCCGGUCCCAACUCUCUUAGAACCCCUUCCCCUAACUAACCCCUUUCAUGUUUGUAAAUCUGAAAGAUCAGGAUAGGUAUAAACAGUGUGGUGAUGGAGCUUCCACCCUAUUCCUUACAGAUCCAAACUUAAAAGUGUAUUAUUGAUAUCAUGAA